AUGUAUACUUUAGUAGAGAUAGCUCUUAGUGUAGGGGUGCUUGUGACUCUCGUUACAGCACUCGCAGUAUGUGUCUGUGGCUGCAAGAAUUCCAAUCAAAAGGCGUCUACGCAGAACAGUCAGCGAAGUUUGCCAGAAAUACCACAUCCAGUGGGGAGACCCGACAGCGGCGACACUGCUUCAGAAAUAUAUGCCACCGUGAAUUUGGAUGAAGGUAAUAAAACAGUAGCGACUGCAUCUACGAGCCGAGACCACCCCUACGAACAUGCCUACGCUAAAGUACAGAAUGAAAGCCAUAAUAUUCUUGUUGAAGUAACUACGGAUCAAACACCGGAACGAGAAAUUCAAAUCGAUGAGCGGGAAGUUGGACAAAAUCCAGCAGAAUCGGUGGUAAUAUCGGCGUCGGUGGCGAUAAGUGGGCAACUGCCUUCGAGUCAAGAGCUUCCGUACAUCACGCCGCCCUCUCCUCGACCGAACACUGACAACACCACACACUUUAGCGGAGAUUCCACUGAUUCAGCAAAGGGCUACACAAGCAUCUCAGUACGCGAACCACUGAGUAACAUUCGCGCUCAAAGUAGCAAGCCGCCUUCACAACCCCACUAUGCCACUGUAUCUGAUGAUUCCGACGAGAUGUACGCAGCGAUCGAGGAGCCGAGCGUUGGCGAAGGUUCGGACACGUACGCGCAGAUUGCAACCGAGCCGCGUCGUAGGGACCCCACGCCAGAUCUACUGCACACCGACCCCACUCACGUUGCUAGACGAAGUGCUCCACCAGACGUCGGUGCAUCAACGUCAAAUGCUACGCACUCUAGACAAGCGUCUUCUUCAUCAUGCUCGAACUCGACGGGCGCACUGGGCUCUCCGAAGCCAGAGAAGCGUCAGGCCAACUCUCCGCUGCCUCCGCCACCGCACGUCGGCUCGCACGGGGGCACGCACGUCAGCUCGCACGUGACGUCACAUGUCACGUCGCACGUCACGUCGCACGUCACGGUGCACGCGGCCGCGCACUCGUCGCACGCGGCGCCACACAGCGCGUCACACCCCGCGCCGCACGCGACGUCACACGCCGCGCCGCGACAGCCCGCCAUCGAACAGGCUCUCGCACAGCGACACCAACGGAUGUCAAGUACAGGUGACCUACAUUUCAACCAUGACAAGUUACGGCGGAGUCUCAACGAGAAACACCAACGAAACAAUAGUUGCGUAAGCUCAUCUGAUUUCUACGGCUGCAAUUACCCCGUAGAGAAACAUCGCUUUAGUUCUGGGGACUUGAUAAGACCUCUUGUCGCCAGAGAACUUAACUUUGAUAUCGACCAGCGCGAUGGUCAAGCCGAUAACCUCUACAACUCUAUCGAUGGCCCAGGCUACAGUGACUACUCCUCGGCAGAUGCUAACACCAGUUUGAAUUCAGAUCAUCGCGUAACUGAAAGUCCUUCACGCAAUGUUGAAGAAAUGUAUGCUAAAGUUAUGAAGAAAGCUAAAGGCAGAACUGAAGAGACCAUAAGGCGUUCAAAAGAUUUCACAGGAGCUGAUGGCGAGCCACACACAUCGAAGUUCCGAGGAGAUGAUCCCGGUUAUGAGACUAUCGAUCGGAAAAAAUCAAUAAACCAUGGAUAUGAGACUAUCGCGCAUAAAGAGCGAAAAUCAUCACAAAAUCAAGAUCCAGGAUACGAAACUGUCAAAGACAUAAACAAAGCAGGUCCUACCUCAAACUUUACAAACAACAAUUUACUGAAGCUGAAUCACCUGGCUAUGGACAGUGGACCUAAUAGCAUUGUAAGCAGUGACGCGGGGUAUGAGCAUAUUUCUAAGACUGAUAACAAUGCUUCCGAUUCAGACCCCAACUAUGAAGUGCUGAGGAACCAGCCGCCUACACCACCUUAUGCGACGAUUGCACCGAACUACAAAGUACAGCCAACAUACUCGACAGUAAACAAAAAGCCCAAUAAGUACAACAAUUGGCCUGCUAAUAAUAACGAUGAACCCACCUUAGAACCAAAUUACGAGUCUAUGCCGCAUGAUCCCCUGUACAACACUGGCAGUGAAUCGGAUCCCAAUUAUGAAUCCGUUCGACCCAAAGAUCCUAAUUAUGAGAGUGUGAGUACACAAGAUCCGAACUACGAGUCAUUAAGGUGUAAGGAUCCGAAGUACGAGUCGGUUCGGUCGAAAGACUCAAAGUAUGAUUCAGUGCGCUCUAAAAAGGAUCCGAAUUACGAAAGCGUAAAGUACUUUGAGCUGUCAAAGAAAGAGCCACCUUAUGAAAAAGUCAACAAUGAAGCGUCAGGGAGCGCCAGUGUGGAGAGGUCAGACUCAGCGGCGGGAUAUGAGAAAAUUAACGUACCAAACAGAAGCGAGCCGAAAAGCAGUAUUAAUAACGGCGGCGACGCCACCGUUAGUGAUUACUUUCAAGUGUAA